UUGGGUCGUGAAUCACGUGGUGUUAUUCCGUCAUUUCGAGUUCGGGCUCGCAAGGAGCAACAGCGCGCGCGGUGAAUCAACAGUUCUUGUCGAACCGUUGUGAUACUUGUUACGUUUAUGAAUCUCAAUCUGGUUCAACGCUAUUAUAAUUCUUCCGUUGCUGUUUCGUGAUGUUUCAUUAACCACGAUCGAAUCGAACGGACCUUGCGAUCAAAUAAUCGUGGACUGUGAAAGUAUACGCAAUAUGUUCACGUGAUAAACGGAUCUUCUGCUUCACACGACAGAAAACAAAACAAACAGUGGCAACGUUAAAUCUGAUAUCGAUCUGCCUAUAUCGAUUCUGCUACCAGAAACUGAAUUCUCUUGUUGUACAUACAGUAGUCCCGGUUUAACUGUGCCAAUAGGACAAGAAUAAUUAUUCUCAAAUAAAAUAAAAGCAUACGAAUAAUUACAACGUACAUCGAUCGAAUACCACGGGACUCAACAGGAUGAUCGAAUUCUCCCUACGAUAUUGGAUCAUCCUCUGGAUGGUCAUCGUUGCAACGUGUUAUGCAUUUAAGGGACAAUGUCCACAGCAAUACGCCUGCACCUGUCUUUCGUCGCCAAACGGGGACUAUGAGAUACACUGCCCAACAGACGAGAAUUCAGCCUUCAUCAUAAACGUUCAGCAACAUGUUUUUAUUAAGACUCAGUGCCGUAAUUCACCGCAAUGGACCGACUUUCACGUAAACGAUUUAACAUUCACGGACGACAUAGAAUCUAUAUACUUCAGGAUGUGCACGUUACCGACGAACCUGAGUCUAGGAGAAAUCGCGAGAAGAUUCGGCGUACGAAGUGUAAAGACUCUGGUGUUCGAGUCAUUUGAACAACUAGGCCCAGCGAUCAACAGAACACACCUACAAGAAUUACCAGAUCUACAACACUUAACUUUAUCCAGCAACGGUUUAACCAACCUUAGCAGCGAUCUUUUUGCUGAUAUACCUCAACUAGUCUGGCUCGAUUUACGCGAGAACCGCGUACAUUUGUCACCUGGAAUCUUCAAAUAUACACCCAAUUUAGAGGUGCUCGAAUUGGGUAUGAAUAUGAUGGGCAACAUCGAACCAAGUAUAUUAAAUCCAUUAAGGAAACUGCGAUUUUUGAAUUUAUGGCAGAACAAAUUUACGGAGAUCAAACCAGGUACAUUCGACAAGCUCGAGACUCUGAAUUCCUUGGACCUGAACGGAAACGAAUUGACUACCCUGCCAAAAGAUAUUUUCGCGAAAUUGAAAAAUCUGGAGGCGUUAAAUUUGUUUUCCAACAAUUUUUCAUCGUUGCCAGAAGGUCUACUAGAGCAUAAUGUCAGAUUGAGAGAGGUGAAUUUGUAUGCUAAUAAAAGAAACAUGACUACAUUGCCGAAUGGAUUGUUCGCGAAUUUGAAGGAACUCGUUACAGUGGAAUUAAGAAGCAAUGGUUUGAAGGAAGUGCCAGCUGAUCUGUUUCGUGGUUCCUUUUCAUUGAACAACAUUAGCUUGCAGAGAAACUAUAUUGAAUCACUCCCUAAAGACCUCUUUAACGGAUUGGAACAUCUAUCGAAAUUGUUACUUAAUUACAACGAACUGACGUCACUGCCUGAUGAAAUUUUCUUGCAUUUGAAACAUUUGGUUACGUUGGAUUUAUCUAAGAAUCAUCUUACUUCGAUAUCUAGAUCUAUCUUUAAAAGUUUAAAAUCACUGGAAUACCUGAAUAUGUCAGAAAAUAAAUUAAAAGUGAUAGAAGACACGAGUUUCUAUUCCUUAACUAAACUACGGAUAGCGAAAUUCUCUCAUAAUUACCUUAAAUUUAAUGCCUCAAUUAACACCUAUCCAGAUGAUUUUGGGAAUAAAUCAGUUUUUCAUACUUGUACUGCUUUACAAGAGUUACAUUUGGCCAGGAAUAAUAUUUCGGAAAUAUAUAGUGAUUGGACCAUAGGCAGUUUAAAGCUGCGAAUUUUGGAUCUCCAAUUCAACCAGAUAACGCAAAUAUCGGCCGAAAAUCUACAAUUUCUAUCGAAUGAUAUUAAAGUGGAUCUUACACACAAUCGAAUAAAAUAUAUCUACUUAUCUACAGCUGAAAGAUUGGCGAAAUUUCAAACGAAUCCUCGCAACGUAAUAAUAUACGUUGAAAAUAAUCCUAUUGUCUGCAACUGCGAUUUAUACGACUUUCUUCGUUACAUGGAUGGAAGAAUGCACCCCUACGUACAAAACUUUUUCCAUAUAAUACCGGGACACUUGAAGUGUCAAAGUCCAGACUGGCUUGCAGAUAUAGAAAUAGUAGAUUUGAGAUCAAAGAAAUUAAAGUGUCAAGUAUCAGAUCCUUGUCCUGACGAGUGCAAAUGUUGGUUAAAACGCGACAGUAAAGCAUUUCUAAUUGAUUGUUCGCACAAAAACUUGACACAUGUGCCACAUUUGACAAACAUCACGACAUUGCCAUCUCAAGUAUUUCAGAAACUCGAGUUAAAUCUCACAGGCAAUAAACUGACCAGAAUGUCGCCAGUAGCUGAAAUCGGUUCGAAUAAUAUGCAGAUAUCCAAAUUGCUGUUGUCGGACAAUAAUAUCGAUGACAUAUCUGUAGAUGAGUUGCCAUUGAACAUUGAGGUUUUGGAGCUACACAACAAUAAUAUUAGCAGAUUGAACUCAGAUGUUUUGCAAUUCAUGAACAAUACCUCCUUAAUGACAGUGACAUUAGACGGAAAUCCAUGGAUAUGCGACUGCGACACAAGAGAUUUUCUCAAUUUCAUUCAAACGAAAGUUAUAGAAAUCCCCAAUUCCUUAAAGAUUACCUGCAGAGACAUGAACGUGCCGAUGUUGAAGAUGACAGCGACAGAUCUUUGUUCCACGAAUAUUAUAAUAAUAAUCGUGAUCAGCGUGGUCACAGCUAUCACUGGUCUAAUAAUCGGUGUGCUAGCAGCACUAUAUUACCGAUAUCAACGAGAAAUCAAAGUUUGGCUAUACGCACAUCAACUUUGCUUGUGGUUAGUAACCGAGGACGAACUGGACAAAGAUAAGCUGUACGAUGCAUUCAUAAGUUAUUCACAUAAAGACGAAGACUUUAUCGUGAAUGAGUUAGUGCCAAAACUAGAGAGUGGUCCAAGACCGUUCAAACUGUGUCUGCAUUUUCGUGAUUGGUUAGCUGGAGAGUGGAUACCGACACAAAUCGCGCGAUCCGUUCAGGAUUCUAGGCGGACAGUAGUAGUUUUAUCACCUAACUUUUUGGAGAGUGUUUGGGGACGAAUGGAGUUUAGAGCAGCUCAUAGUCAAGCUCUCAGCGAAGGUAGAGCGCGAGUUAUUUUAAUUUUGUACGGCGAAAUUGGUCCUACAGACGAUUUGGAUCCAGAACUUAAGGCGUAUUUGAGUAUGAACACAUAUGUGAAAUGGGGUGACCCUUGGUUCUGGGAUAAAUUGCGAUAUGCGCUACCACAUGCGCUACCACAUAGGCUAUCGCGUGAGGUACCAAAUCCUUCACAAUUAGCAAAGUAUCGUGUAUGUAAAAGAUUCUUUGCAAAUCCGUGCAUACAAAUUAACGGCGAGAAGAAAGACCUUAUUUAUCCGAAUGGUGUUCCUGAAACACCCCCUGCAGCGAGCACUCCACCGGCAGAUUCUCUUAAAGCAUUUAUAUGCGAUGAGAAAAACAGUAAAGAAUAUUUUGAAAAUCUGUCUCCAACAAAUAACGCCAAGCUCAUUCUUUUGCCUGAGGACUUAAUAAAGCAUAAUCUCCUUAAUAAGGUACAAUGUACCACCGUGUAAUGAAAUCAUCCUAUAUGUCCAAGAAUAUACGGAACAUUUUCAAGGCGGAACCAUUCUUUAAACAAAAACCUCAAAUUACUCAUUUUGUGCCUAUGUUUGUGAAACCACUUACAAGAAUUACCAAAUUUAUAACAUUUACCUUUAUCGGUUAACGGUUUAACCAACUUAAGCAACGAUGCUUUUGCUUAUCUACCUCAACUAGUCUAACUCGAUUUGACUUGUUCACUAAGAGUUUGGGAAAAAAUCACGUUUCCACAAUUGUACUGUUUUACAAGGAUUACAUUUGGCCAGAAACAAUAUUUCGAGAAUAUGUAGUGAUUGGACCAUUGCCAGUUUACAGCUAUAAAUUUUGGAUCUCCAAUUUCUAUCAGAUAACGCAAAUAUUGGCCAAAGAGCUGCAAUUCCUAUCCAAUUACAUUAACGUGAAUUUUACCUAUAUAAUAAUAGAACAAAACACAUCUAAUCUUCAGCCGAGAGAUUAGCACAAUUUAAUCGUAACGUAAUGAUAUACAUUGAAAACAAUCCUAUUGUUUGCAAUUGUGAUUUAUACGACUUUCUUCGUUACAUGGAUGGAAGAAUACAUACCAAAUUAACUUGCAAUCGUAGAAAUAGCAAAGUUGAGGUCAGAGAAGUUAAGAUGCAAGAUAUUGUAUCCUUGUUCUAACAAGUGCACGUAUUGGUUGAAACGUGACGACAAAGCAUUUCUAAUUGGUCAUUCACGCAAAUAUUUGACACAUGUUCCACGAAAUAAUCUCACCCCAUAAACUUGAAGUAAAUCUCACAGGCAAAAAAGUGACCAGAAUACCACUAAAUAAUAUGUAAAUAUCCAUAUGUAGUGCAAUGCUGAAAAUUCUUUAUCAUCUUUACUCUAUUAUCUCAUUUAUAAGUUUAUAAAUUUGUUUCAUAAAACUUUAAAUAUCACCAUAAGUAAACGUUGAAGACAAAUUACAUGUAAUGACUGAAGAAACUUAGUUUUAAAUUACUGAGAUUACUGUAAAUAAGUAUUUUUUAUAAUUUUAAAUGACUUCUAGCUUAUAAUAUGUUAGUGAAGUAGAUUAUUAUUAUAAAAAUAGGAUAAAUAUUGAGCUAAAUAUUUUUUAGAAUUAUUUUUAUACCAUAAAAUUUAUCUCUCUUUAGUGUAAACUUUAUGUAUGUAUAAAUUUUAUUUAAUAAUUGUAAAUAAUCAAUCAAUAUUUAGCAUAUAAUAUUCAUGAGAUAUAAUUAAGUACAUAUACAUAAAAUAGAAAUUAAUAGCAAUAUAAUUGUCACAAUCUAUCUUACCAUUCAUUUUAAUGUUCAAUAUAAGCCUAGGAUCACAUACGAAUUUAUAUUGCACAUAAAUAGAUAUGGUACAUUACUAUAUAUUCAUUAUUUUAUUGCUCAAUUUUAUGAGCAAUUGUAUUAUUCGAUGAGCUCGAUAAUUUUUUUACAAUCAUUAUUAAAAAUCGAAAGUAAACUGUCCAUCUUUCAAUAAAAGACGGCCAUAAAGACACUAAUUAGAAAUUUCGAUUAGAAAAAUAAAGAAUCUCCACUAUAAAUUGAUAAUUUCACUAUUAAUAAUUUUGUAUUGUAUUGUACUUCGAUAUGUUAACCCUUAACGGUCGAUAGUUUAUUCUGCAAUACUCACCUCUAAGACUACAGAAUAUUGGUUAAACUAUAGCAUAAAUAAAUAAAUACAAAUGGAAACGAAAUUCUUUAUGUUUCUGUAGUAGAACUGUGCUAUGAGUGUGAUAAGUAUGAGGCUCUCUACAGCCGGGCGCUUCGACCAUUAAGGACGCAAAUAAUUUUAUUAUACAGUUAUUAUUAAAAAAGUACCUGAGAAAUAAAUAUUCAUAUAAUCUUCCAUAAA